AUGCACUUCCUUAAAGCAACCGCAUUCCUCCUGGCUGCUUUGAGCAUGCAAACAGCCUCCGCCAUCCCAGCCAGAAAUGGCUACUCCAGCACCCCAGAUUGCCCAGUUGGCCGAAGUUCCUGCAAACCCGGCGAGAGCGGAGUCCUACGCGUGCCUGAGAUGCGCGCCAUGGUCGACGGCAAACCCAGCGAAAAGAUCGGACAUUACAUCAAACUUAGCAAGGCGGGAGACAAGAAACACGAUCAGCAAAUGACUUUCUAUGUACCCAAGGGAGCCAAGCACUGCACCAUCAAAUGGGAUCAGGGCAAGAAGCGGAAGUUUGUCGUAAAUGAUUCUGGAUUAGUUAGGAUCUAUCCGACAGAGCCUUCCGGGGCGGAGAGUGUUGGUUCUGCGGAUUUCACCAACUGGCCACAACAGAAGGGGUACGUGUCACACCUCGUCACCUCGGUAGAGUGUCAGGAGAAGCUGAGCCUUCUUCUUUCUCUGGACUCUGAUGGGAGUGUCAAGAUGGAGCAGGAUGCUACCAAUGGUUGGUAUUAUGAAAAGAACUAG